UAUCAUAAUAUAAUGUUAUAGCUUAUAUGGGAUAUAAAUUAUAAUGUAAUACCUCGGGUUACAGCUGCUGCUGGUGUUGUUGUAUAAUAUUAUGUUCGAAUGCUUUGAAUUUGGGGCAACUGACAAUGCUAACGCAUACCUAUUAUUCAACGUUGAUAAUAGUGAAGUGAAAUAUUAACGGUCGGAUAACAAGUGUAUGGAUAAUCGAUUUUAGUAUUAUUUUUUUCGAAUUUCGAAUAAGUAUUAUUGUUUAGCUAAAUGAUCUCAACAACAGUAUUUUAAUAUUUUAUUGAAAAUCAUGAAGUGUGCGCAUUUUGUAAUGCAAUUCAAAACAAUAUUAUAUUUCUUUCGAUAACGAUUUUAUAAUUUUAAAUUACUUUGAACGUUAGCGGUCUUCAUGGCAGAGUAUUCAAACCUAUCGAAUUUGCCUACUUAUACACAAUUCCGCGCUACGGAAACUUGGCAAAAGUUAGUGGAACACUUUAGACAUGGCAUGCCGUUAAAAUCGCAUCGCUAUCAACUUUGGUUUAAAGAAAACUGCUUUACCGGAUAUGAAGCAGUGGAAUGGAUGUUUAACGAAGCUUCUGGUGGAAAAUUACAAUAUUUGUUCAAUAAAGGAGUCACACGUCAACAAAUUGUGGCUUUAAUGAAUAAGUUCUAUGAAGCCGAAAUUUUCAAAGCUGUCAAUUCAAAUAUAACAAAAUUUAAAGAUAGAUCUGAAUUAUACGAAUUUGUGUUAUCAAAGAAUGGUCAUAAGGGUUUAAGUAAAGGCUCUGUACUGUCAUCACUAAAUCUGUUCCUUAUGAAUAAACCACAAUCAUUAUCUCCUCAACCAACAAAAAGUGAAAAACUAAUUUGCAGUCAUAGAAUGAAAUCAUACUCUAUGGAAAAUGUAGCAAUGAAUACAUAUUUAAAUGAAAAUAAUAAAAUAGCAAAUUAUGUAUUGAAGAAUUUAUCCAUGAUACUGAAAAGUUUUAAUAUGGAAGACUUUUUAAACCUUGAAAACUUAAACAAGCAAUGGAUCAUUUUAAAUAUUUACACCGAGAAAAAUGAUGAUGGAUUAUUUCCGCAUUGGGUCAAAACAGCUAUGGAUAGUUUAACAAUUGACACAGAAAAAAAAGAUUGUGCUUAUCCUGGAUUCAAAGCUGAUGUUUACUCUGUAAUCAAGGAUUAUUUUUUAAAUUCUGAAGAACCACUUAUUCCUAUAUCAUUUUACGAAUUAUUUAUAGCCAUUUUGGUUAUUGUAGAAAGACAUGAUCAUUUGUGCAAUAACAAAUCAAAAUCUAUCGAAAACAACAAUAGCUGUGAUACAGAUAACGUUCUUCCAUCAUCUAUAUCCAAUUGGGAAACUGAAUUCGCAGAUCAAUAUACAAAUUUACAAAACAAGAGCUUGGAUAAUUCGAUGUAUUAUAAUUUAACAUCUAUGUCUAUUAGUAGCUGCAGUAGCGCUUCGUUUUAUGAAUCAUGUGAAGCUGAACAAAGCAAUAUGGAACAUAAACCCUUGAAAAACGUAUCCAGAUUUUCAAAACCGAAAUUAUACAGGACAACUAGUUCACCAGAAAUAUCAGGAAAAACUAGAUCUUAUUGUGAAAGAAUAAAGAAACGAAGACUUAAUCGUGCAAUAUCUAACAACUCAGUUUCUUGUAACAAAAGUUAUGACAUGAACGAUGGUUUCUAUUCUGACAAUUAUGGUUUUAAAAAAGAAUCUCCAGAUUUUUAUAAAAAAGUUUGUCCAUCUACUUCAGGCUAUGUUAAUUUUGGGCUUUUUCAAUCUGAAAAAAUCAAUGAUGACGAUGUAAAAGAUUUUGAUUUGGAGAUGGCUGUAUCAUCUAUUUACAAAUUAGUGGAUAAUACCAAAAUUGACAAUAGACCUAGUAAAAUUAAACCGUUUAAUGGGUUAAAUGAUAAAUCUGUGCAUUUGGGGAUUGUUUUGUACCGGUUGUUGUGUCUUUGUCUUCCUCCGUUGAGUAAAGCAAAGUUACAGUUUUUCCUCAAAUUUGUUUCUAGUUUGUCAGCUGCUUACUCCAAGAUCUCUGAAAAAUUGUGCUGUGCUGUGUUGAGACAAAACAUCAACCAAUUCGAUUACGAUUGUUUGGCCUCAGAUGUUGUGAAGUUUUUGAUUCAUAAUCAAAAGGCAAUAUUUCUACCUGUAAACACUGAUCAAAUUUUAUCUGAAAAGUUCAAUUUACUAGAUAGUGAAGAUGAAAACUUUUAUAAUGAUAAUGUUAUGCACUAUUGUCAACGGAUAUCAGACAAAGAAUUCGAACAGCAUAGAAGUAAAGAAUCCAAAGAAGCUCUUGUUGAAUUAUUUGAUCAAAUUAUCAACAGUGACACUAUGUCGACCAAAGAAAAAAAUAAACGCAUCAAAAUGUUUCAGAAACUGUACCCUGAUGUUUACCAGCUAAGAUCGUCAUUGCUAGAAGAACCAAAAAAGAAAAAUUUAAUGCAAACCAUACAACGUGGAAAUUUGAUUAAAAACCUUAGAAUAUAAUUUAUUUGUAACCUUUUCUACUUAUUUUAUAACCAUUUGAUGAGUUAAUUUUUUUUAAUAUUUUUUAAUAGUUGUAUAUAUAAUUAAAACAAAGGUGCUUACAAAACAGUGUUUAAAUGUAUGAAACCAUACAUGUCCAUUAUUUUUAAGACGUGAUUAUUUUUUUAAACGUUCUAAUAGAUAUUGAUCUACAAACAAAAUACAACUGUUUGUUCCCAAGCGUGUCUAAGCAUAUUGUCUAAAUACUUAAAUAUAUAGUUAUUUAUUAAAUUUUAC